UCAAUGCCUCGUAUUCGGUAGUAGCUCGCCAGCACGCCUCGCGUUUAUUUACGCGGAAAGCUUUCGUCCUUGCUGCGCGCGAGGGUUGCUCGUGUGCGGCCAAUGCUUUGCUGCGCUUGUAAGGGAGAGAAAACAUAGGUUAGUUUUUUACAAGCCCCGCACAACAACGUUGCUUUUGUUUCGAAUGCUGCCGAUUUUUUGCAAACAAUCGGCAAACGACUGCACUAGACUGCGCUACGGUCGAUUUUUUCCAAGGCCCUUGCAAUUUUAAACUCCAGGAAAUAUGAAUAAAAAAACUUCUCUCACACGAGGAGGCGAAGGGGACACCGUCGAAAUAAAGACAAAUCAAACGUUUAUUAAACAAGAAAGUGCGAAUCCUCCCGCGACAAAUGUCACGUACAGUUAUGAUCCGGCGGCGCAACAGUAUUAUUCUCAAGCCACAUCAAAUCAAAUGUCUCAGCAACCUUUACCGGGUCAACCGCCACUGCCGCCGAUGCCUCCCCCGCAACCGGCCGCACCACCCCCGCCGGCCCCGGUUUUCGGGCCCGCUCAAGUUUCACAAUUCCAAGCAGCCGCGGCUGCUGCGGCCUGGUCGCAAGCUUGGCAGUGGAUGACGCCGCAACCUACUCCCAUACAAGCCACACCAAUCAACCCGGCUGCCUAUCAAAGAUGUGACUUGGCAAUGAGAAAUAAUUACAUUAAGAGGGAGAGAUUCAAUCACAACAGGAAUACACAGUUUUCUAAUAGAGGCAAUUUUUAUAGAAACAGAAAUAGGAGGUUUGAUCAAAAUCAGACUCAAUUUGAUCAAUCCAAUUAUUAUGGUUCACAAGUCAUUCCCAGCGCCAACUCAGAUUGGCAAAGAAAUAAUGAAAGUAUUGGACACAUGCAGUCCCAAAGCCAUGUACCUGCUACUGGAACCAAAAGAACUGAAGAUUUUCACGAAAAUGAAAAUAAAGAGGAGGUAGUGCCUAAGAAAACCAAAACACGCAAACCAAUGUCACAAAGUUACCCCAGUCGGCCAUGGAAUCGAGAAGAUGCUGAAAGAGCAAUAAAAAUAGAAAUGGAGUACGCCAGAGUUGUGAGAUCUCAGAGUUUAAUCAUUAAAUUUCCAGACCCAGAUUUAAAUAAAGACAUAGUAAGAGAUUUCCAUCCUGGCAUUCAGAAUAUACACUUUCAAAGUCCUAGCGGUCCUAGAUAUUGCUUUAUACAAAUGAAACAAGACUUUGAUUUAGAUAAAGCUAUAGAGGAGUUGGAAAAAAUUCCUUUUGGAACAGGGCAUUUGAAAGUAGAAAGAAAAUCUAUAAGAGAUGAAGAUAAUCCUUCGCCAGAAGAAAUUGAUCCUUACACUCUUUACAUCGGAAAUUUACCAGAAUCAGUCAAUGUAAAUGAAGUAAAAAGUAAAUUCCCUACAGCAGCUAGAGUUGAUGUAGGUUACGCACAAAAAAUGAGAAAUACAAGGUAUGCUUUUAUAAGGUACAAUAGUACCGAUGAAUCUAUAGCAGCUUAUAAAGAAGCACAUAGUUUAAUGUGGGAUACCAGAAGUAUUAUUGUUAGAUUUAGAAGACAAAGAGGUCACACAGGUUUACCAGGAGAAUCAAAAGUCAGUCCAAAAAAACUUAAAGAUGAAGCUUCCAAAAAUACAGAUAAUUCUAAUUCAAAAUUAAAAGCUUCAAAAGAAGAAAAAAAGAAAGAUAAUAAUCUUUCUGUAGUCAGGACUAAUAAUUUAGAUAAACAGACUGAAAAAACUAAUGUUGGCCAAAGUAAUGUUACCGAUUCAUUGACGGCUGUUUCAAGUUCCUUAGUAUCAGCAACUAAUAAAGUACAGCCCUCAAUACCACAUAGAUUAAAUACAGAAAAUGUGCCAUUAGAAAAUAGUCCCAGUGGAGAGGAUAAAUUACUGCUUACAGAAAUCAAAGAAGAACCAAUUGAUUACAAUGAGGUCGAAGAGGUUUACUACGACGAAGAUGACGAGGACGACGAAGACGAUGAAGGCGAAAUAUUUCGUCAAGACGAGGAAGAUGAUGACGAUAGUGAGUACGAAAAGGAUAUGACAAGUUUUAAACCAUUUUUAUCAAGGAACCGAAAGGUGUCGAAUGAAAUCGAUGCACCUUCCGAUCACUUGGAUAAAAUGUUCAACGAUCUAGAAAACAUGUCUGGUGAUUUGGAUUUUUAAUGGCUAAAACUUAAUUUAAUUGUUCUGAAUGACCGUGAUACCAAAUUUUUUUGUUCAUAUUUACAAUUAAGUUGUAAUACUCAAUUUAUAAACACUUAGUAAGUUAGAACAAUAUUUGUAAAUAAUUAUACAUUGUAUUAUAUGCUUGUCUCCACGUCGUCUAUGUUGAGACUUGUGAUAUUAAUUCUUUGCGAUAAUCAUCUCGAAAACGUAAAUUUUACGUCAAUGCUGCGAUAUUAUUUUGAAUUAUUUUAUAUUUUGUUUGUACAUUGCAGGCUUGUAAAUGCCGUUUUACAAUUUUUUCAAUAAAUACAACUUUUUACAA